AUACCAAGGGUUAUCGUUAACACAUAAGUUUUGAUAGUGUUUCUUUAAAAUAUUUGUUUAUUUUUAAUUAAUAUGGAUUUUUGUUAAUUUUUUAAUAAUAAAUUUCAAUUAAUAUCAAUUUACCAAUAUGAUGACCCUGUCGGAAUUUGUUAGUGUUUUUGUAUUUCUUUUAAUGCCAAUUUUGUACGAGCACAACAGGGUUUUUAGAUAUUAUUUCAAAUUUUUCGUUUACUACGGCUUCAUCAUGAUCACUUCCAUUAUUGUGAUACCGAUAAUGAUCUGGAAACCUAGAAAUGUCGAAAAUUUAAUAUUGGCAUCAUAUUUGUGUAGAAACAUUUCUGAUUUGCUCGGCCUUAAAUGGGAAUUGAGAGGUGGCUCUUAUUUAAGUAAAGAUGAAGCUUAUGUGAUAGUUGCAAACCAUCAAAGUUCAAUCGAUAUUUUAGGUAUGUUCGAAUUGUGGCCAGUUAUGAAAAAAUGUACAGUCGUUGCAAAAAAAGAAUUGCUUUACGCUGGGCCAUUCGGCUUAGCUGCUUGGCUGUGUGGUCUCGUUUUUAUUGACAGAUUGAAUUCUGAGGCUUCACGACAAGCCAUCAAUAAUUCAAUCAAUCAACUUAAGGAAAACAAAAUAAAAAUGUGGGUGUUCCCAGAAGGUACAAGGAAAAAUACCGGUGAAAUCCAUGCAUUUAAGAAAGGUGCAUUUCACGCUGCAAUCUCUUCCCAGAUACCAAUUCUUCCAGUGGUUUUUACACGAUUUUAUUUUAUUCGUUCUAAACAGUGCAUUCUGGAUAGUGGGAAGAUAGUUAUAACAGUUUUACCGCCGAUUGAAACGAGCGGACUCAACUUGGAAGAUAUGCCGCAGUUAAUGGCGACAACUCAUACUACCAUGUCACAAGUCUUCAAUUUGACUUCCAAAGAAUUAUUAACCGAGUUGGAAUCUGAUAGAAGGAUAAUACAGAAUAACUACGCGCAAAAGUAAUUGUAACAUAGUGAUUUAUUCUUCCUUCAAGUCUUCUUAUUUUUAUAAGCUCAAAUUACAUGGUUAUACAUCAAAAAAUGUUACAUAGUCCAAGAAAGAAUAUGACAUAGAAAACUAAAAACAUUGUAUGUACAAUUUAGUUUAUAGAUGAAUUUGUUUUGUCAAAUUGAUUAUGUCACUUGUACUUAACAUUUUGCCAUUAGAACUUGAAAAGUGUCGAAAUGGUUUAAACUUAAGAAACUUUGCACAAAAAAAUAAUGUGUAGAGAUUAGUGAUCGUUAAUCGAUAGUUAUUCAGAUAUCGAGAGAUGUGGUCGGGUACCCGACCGCAUCUCACGAUAUAAAAAAAAAAAAUUUUUUUUCUUCUGUACCUAAAACUUAAAAUCAGGUAACACUUUUCUCAAUUUAUUUAUUCACACUAAAGUUGUAUUGGCAAAAAGUAGAAACUACUAAUUGUAGCUUUGUAAAGUUUUUUCCCCUGUUUAGUGGGUAAUAAAGCCGUUAAUUAAACAUGUAUACAGGGCACUGGGGAAGAAUGAUCUUAGCCCACUCAAACUCAAUUUGAUAAAAAAUCACAUUAAAAGUAUACCAACAUUUUACAAUUUCAGGGUUGUGGAAAAAAUUAUUUAGAAAUCAUUAUUUUGCUGUCAUUGGUCAUGUGGCGUUGAUAUGGCACCCAUCACAUAAGGCAAAGGUCCUUGGUUUGAAUCCAGUAGCUCUUCAUUGGAACCCAGAAUACUUACAAAUGGCUUUUUCAAAAACACUGAUACUGCAAUAUAACCUCGUAGUUAAAGUAUCCUUAUUAUAAUCAAAAAAAUUGGGGACUGCUGUGGCCAAGUGGUUUUGGUGUCCGACUCGUAUUUCUUUGUGAUUCUGGAUUUGAAUCCCAGCAGAGCCCAUGGCUUUUUAAUUGACAUGGCAUGAAAAAUUUAUUGCAAUUGUUUGACCCCUCGUCCACGUACCCAAUGGGUAGUUGGAUAUUAAAGCGGGAAACACACUUAUCUGAUGUAAUGCAAUGCAACAUGGCCUGAAGCCACCCGAAGUCCAAUUUUUCAUGAGAUUGUAUUAUCCCUGUACACAUCUACUUGAUGCCACACAACUCUACCCUAACUCUACACUACACGAUGCAAUCAAGUUCCUCAUUGUCCAGAUUUUUGUCUAGUGGCAUUGAGUACACUCAAAGACAAAGGAAUCGACACUUUUUUCUUUUUUUCAAACU